GUGAUAAGGGAGCGCAGCUGCAAAACCCUCACAGAGACUGAGAGCAAUGGAGGAAGUAGCUAUCGUUUUAUAUCCAUCACCGCCGAUUGGCCACUUGGUCUCCAUGGUAGAGCUAGGCAAGCUCAUACUCACCCACCACCCUUCUCUGUGCAUCCACAUCCUCAUCACCACCCCGCCCUACCGGGCCGACGACACCGCCUCAUACAUCACCUCCGUCUCCGCUACCAUCCCUUCCAUCAUCUUCCACCACCUCCCCACCAUCUCUCUCCCUCCCUCCCUCGCCUCCUCCCCCAACCACGAAACCCUAACCUUCGAAGUCCUACGCCUCAACAACCCUUACGUCCACCAAGCCCUCCUCUCCAUCUCCCACAACUUCUCCAUCAAAGCUUUUGUCAUGGACUUCUUCUGCGCUCUCGGGCUCUCCGUUGCCACGGACCUGAGCAUCCCCAGCUACAUCUUCUACACAUCCGGCGCCGCCACCCUCGCCAGCUUCCUUUACUUCCCCACCAUUCACAACAAUACUGACAAAAGCCUCAAAGACCUAAAUACCCUAAUCAACAUUCCAGGAGUCCCGCCGAUUCCUUCCUCCGAUAUGCCGAAACCGAUUCUUGAACGAAACGACAAGGCGUACGAACAUUUCCUAGAAAACUCAAAGCAGUUCCCCAAAUCCGCUGGGAUUAUCAUAAACACGUUCGAAUCUCUCGAACCUAGAGCUCUCAAAGCAAUAUCGGACGGUCUGUGCUUGCCCGAGGACGUUCCCACGCCGCCGAUCUAUCCCAUUGGACCGCUGAUUGUUUCCCACGGCGGUGGAGGCCGCGAGGUCGAGUGUUUGAAAUGGCUGGACUCACAGCCAAGUGGAAGCGUGGUGUUCCUCUGUUUUGGGAGCUUGGGAUUGUUUUCAAAGGAGCAGUUGAAGGAAAUUGCAAUGGGUUUGGAGAAUAGCGGGCAGAGAUUUUUGUGGGUGGUCCGUAAUCCGCCAGCCCAAAAUCAAAUUGGGGUGGCCAUUACGGAUCAGUCCGAUCCAGAAUUGAAAUCUUUGCUUUCCGAUGGAUUCUUGGAUCGGACCAAAGAUCGCGGUCUCGUGGUCAAGACGUGGGCCCCGCAAGUGGCGGUGUUGAAUCACGACUCGGUGGGUGGGUUUGUGAGUCAUUGCGGAUGGAACUCGGUGUUGGAAUCGGUGUGUGCUGGGGUGCCGAUGGUGGCUUGGCCACUCUACGCCGAGCAGAGAUUCAACCGGGUGGUUUUGGUGGAGGAGAUUAAAAUUGCAUUGCCAAUGAACGAGUCGGAAGACGGGUUUGUGAGUGCGGCAGAGGUGGAGAAGCGAGUUAUCGAGUUGAUGGACUCGUCCGAGGGCGAGUCGAUUAGGAAGCGUACGAAGGCUUUUCAGAACGAAGCCCAUGCAGCGUUGGAUGAGGGCGGGUCGUCUCGGGUUGCAUUGACUAAACUACUUGAACUAUGGAGCCAAACCGGUUAGAGUCCGACCGGGUUUAUGACUUUGUAAUUCCGGCCAUGAUUUUCUUCUUGUUCAAUUUUAUUAACGGAAUCUUCAAUUACAAAUUAUCAAUAAGAUUCAUGUCAAUAAUUACAACGAUUAAUAGUAUUUCCGACAAUGAUUUUCCA